AUGGCCUUUGAGGAGCUCCUGGAUAAAGUUGGUGGCCUGGGGAAAUUCCAGAUGCUCCAGAUGGUUUUUUUUCUCCCCAUUUACAUGGUAGUAGUCUGUCAUAUGCUGUUGGAGAACUUCACUGCAGCUGUUCCUGGUCAUCGCUGCUGGGUCCACAUCCUCGAUAAUGCCACUGUCUCUGGUAAUGACACAGGGAUCCUCAGCCCUGAUGUCCUCCUGAGAAUCUCCAUCCCACUGGAUUCAAACUUACAGCCAGAGAAGUGUCGCCGCUUCCUCCACCCCCAGUGGCAGCUCCUUCACCUGAAUGGGACCUUCCCCAACAUGACUGACCUGGACACGGAGCCCUGUGUGGACGGCUGGGUGUAUGACCAUAGCUUGUUCUCCUCCACUGUCGUGACUGAGUGGGACCUUGUAUGUGAUUAUCAGUCACAGAAAUCAGUGGGUCAGUCCCUAUUCAUGGCUGGAAUGCUGGUGGGAAGCCUCAUAUAUGGCCAUCUCUCAGACAGGUUUGGGCGGAAGUUGAUUCUCAGGUGCUGUUUGCUCCAGCUCGCCAUCUCUGGGACCUGUGUAGCCUUUGCCCCCACCUUCCUCAUUUACUGCUCCCUACGCUUCUGGUCAGGCUGUUCUGCUGUGGUCAUCAUAUCAAAUAACAGUAUGCUCAUUAUAGAGUGGACCAGAUCCCAGUCAAAAGCCACGGUAAUAACCCUGGCGUCCUGUGCCCUUAGUAUUGGACAGAUGAUGCUUGGAGGACUGGCUUUUGUCUUUCGAGAGUGGCGCACCCUGCAGCUGGUGGUGUCUGUACCUUUCUUUGUUUUCUUUCUGUCCUCAAGGUGGCUGGUGGAAUCUUCACGGUGGCUGAUUGUCACCAAUAAACCAGAUGAGGGCUUAAAGGAACUUAAAAAAGUUGCACACAGAAAUGGAAUAAAGAACGCUGAAGAAAUCCUGAGUAUGGAGGGCUUGAAAGCGACCAUGCAGGAGGAGCUGGAGGCAGCACAGACCAAACCUACUGUGUUUGACUUGUUCCGCACACCCAACCUGCGUAAAAAUGCCUGUCUUCUCUCCUUUGUGAGAUUUGCAACCACACUACCCUAUUUUGGCAUCUUUAUGAAUCUACAGCACUUUGGGAGCAAUAUUUUCCUGUUCCAGGUAAUCUUUGGAGCUCUCACUCUCUCAAUCCGAAGUCUUGCUGUCUUACCCCUGAAUCACAUGGGCCGCCGACCAACCCAGAUGUUUCUCGUGUUCCUGGUGGGGAUUUCCAUUUUGGUCAACACAUUUGUGCCCCAAGAAAUGCAGACCCUGCGUGUGGCCUUGGCAAGUGUGGGAAUUGGCUGUGUUGCUGCGUCUGCGUCCGUUCUUUUUGUCCACUCUGUUGAACUCAUCCCCACUCUCCUCAGGGCAAAUGCUGUAGGAUUAGAUAUGCUAGUUAGUAGGUGUGGGGCAACCCUGGCUCCCCUCUUGAUGACCCUAGUGGUGCAUCUACCCACCCUGCCCUGGAUCAUCUAUGGAGCCUUUCCCAUCGCUGCUGGCCUUCUCAUUCUUCUCCUACCUGAAACCAAAACUCUGCCAAUUCCUGACACCAUCCAGGAUGUGGAAAAUAGGCAAAAUUUCUCAAGAAAAAUAAAUGAAAAAGAUUCUUACAUAAAAGUGACAAAAUUUUAA